AUGCCUGGUGGAAAGGGAAAGUCUAUCGGCGGAAAGGCUGGUUCAAAGGACUCUGCGGGGAAGGCUCAGAAGUCCCACAGCGCAAAGGCCGGUCUGCAGUUCCCUUGUGGUCGUGUUAAGCGUUUCUUGAAGAACAACACGCAAAAUAAGAUGCGCGUUGGCGCUAAAGCCGCCGUUUAUGUUACCGCUGUGUUGGAGUACUUGACUGCUGAAGUUCUCGAGCUUGCCGGAAAUGCCGCCAAGGACCUCAAGGUCAAGCGCAUCACCCCCCGCCACUUGCAGCUUGCCAUCCGUGGAGACGAAGAGUUGGACACUCUCAUCCGCGCCACCAUUGCUUUCGGUGGUGUCUUGCCACGCAUCAACCGUGCGCUGCUGUUGAAGGUGGAGCAGAAGAAGAAAAACAAGACUGAGGCUUAA